AGAUAAUACACGCGGUCCGAAAAAUUUGCACACCUCUGCAAGAUCCGGCGGCGAAGCUCAGAAAAUAUCAGCCGAUCGAGAGCGAAAUCAGAACGUUUACGACCAGAAAUUUCAAACCCCGGGCUUCCCCCCCACCCCAAAAAAAAAAAAAAAAAAAAAAUAGUUUUUACAAUUUUUAAUUUUAUUAAGAAAAAUAAAAAUCAAAAGGAGCAAAGAAGAGAAAUUGGGGCAAAAUUUGCUUUACCAAUCUUCACGCCAAGCAGAACAAUCAUGGCGGAGGGAUUCUGGAACCAUCGGCAGUUUCUGCUUCCCUCGUCUGGAGGAGUGCAUAAGCGUCCCCGUUCCGACUAUGAUAUCACCCCUUCUGGCCAGCCUUCAGGCCAUGAGAUGCAUAGUUAUUUAAUACGAGAUAACAAUCAUGUUAAAGUUGGUACUGGGGCGGUGAGGAAUACAAAAGCAAUUGAUUCAGCCUAUGAUCGUUAUCUCCAGAGUGCUCAAAAUUCUUCCUUUGCUUCUGAAGAAGCCAAUGCAAUUGGUGGAGUUGGACUGGAAAGGGCUUUUAGUGGUGGAAUGCCUCGUCUUACAACUGCCAAUCAUGCUCUCAUGGGUCGUCAUGGCGAUGUGGUUCGGGAUUUAGCACGAAAUGGUCAAAAUAUUGGUUUUGUAGAUCAGCUUCCUGUGGAUGAAAUGGCUAGGCCAGGUCAGGAAAGGACCCCUUUGCCUCCAGAUGCUUCCAACACCUUAUACGUUGAAGGACUUCCUCCUGACAGCACAAGAAGGGAAGUAGCUCAUAUCUUCCGCCCUUUUGUGGGUUAUAAAGAAGUGAGACUUGUGAGUAAAGAGUCCAAACACCGAGGUGGUGAUCCGCUCAUUCUUUGUUUCGUGGAUUUUGCAAAUCCAGCCUGUGCAGCAACUGCUAUGAGUGCCUUGCAAGGCUAUGAAAUGGAUGAACUCAACCCUGGUUCUAAUUACUUGAGGUUGCAGUUUUCUCGAUUUCCAGGACCUAGAUCUGGUUCUGGAUCGCGUGGUAAGAGGUGAACAGACUUUAGGCAGUGAGAGACGUCUAGGUUGAAUGCAGAUCAUAUUUACUGGUACACAUUUUUAGUUAUCCUCCUUUUGGAGUUUUGUGACAUAUUAUACCCCAAAUACGCAAAUCCAUUGACCAAACUUUGGGCACACAAUAGUCAUGAGCACUUGAAAUGCAAAUUGUAUCGAGGGAUUGAAAUGAAGAAAAUUUUGAGUAUAUAUUCUCUAUUUGAGCAAUCAGAUUCAUAAAUUUUCAUGUC